UGCAAUAACGUUGUAUUUUGGUCUCUGCUGAAAUAAAAAUCUAUGCUGGAUUUUACUUCCUGAUGGCUGUUUCUUCCUAAGUAACAGAAGCUACCGCUGAGCUGGGCGGACAUAUUAUUUUAAAAUGGCGGUGAAGUGAAAGAAGAAUUUGAAAAGAUGAUUUUGAAAGCUCCUUGAUCGACACUCAACCCACCGAAGAUCCUAUCCCAACUGAAGAUCCAGUCCCAACUGAUGAUCAUAUCCCAACUGAUGAUCAAAUCCCAACUGAUGAUCAAAUCCCAACUGAUGUUCAUAUCCCAACUGAUGAUCAAAUCCCAACUGAUGAUCAAAUCCCAACUGAUGAUCAAAUCCCAACUGAUGAUCAAAUCCCAACUGAUGAUCAUAUCCCAACUGAUGCAAGGUUGUCCCAACUACCGAUCAUAUCCCAACUGAGGAUCGUGUCCCAACUGCCGAUCCUAGCCCAAGUGAUGCAAGGCUGUCUUCAAGAGGGACAACAUAAUUAAGUUAAGAUUUAGAGAGCAAAGUUGAUUUUGACGUCAAACGAAUAUUAAACUUUUUUUUAAGACUUUUUUUAAUGAUUUUUUUUUAAUGAUUUCGUAACAAGCAGAUCCACCAAAUAUAACUUUAAAACAAUGAUAUCAUGUGAACUACCCUCCUGAACAAUUUUGAAUAACAAGUCUUCCAACGGUUUCGUCGUGACGUCACCACCAUGGCGGGCAAGAAACUCCAAGACCGUACCUUCCACAUCGCUGUCGUCGGCUUGUCCGGCGACGAGCGCACGAAAGGCUCGGUCGGAGUCGGGAAAUCCUGCCUCUGCAAUCGGUUCGUCCGCCCGCACGCCGACGACUUCUACAAGGAUCACAUCUCGAUUAUCAGUCAGAUCGAUUUCAGCGGGCGGGUGAUCAACAACGACCAUUUCUUGUACUGGGGGGAGGUGAAUAAACAGUUGGAGGAUGGGUCGUCGGUGACGUGCAGCAUCAUGGAGCUGACGGAGUUCAUCGAUGAUCAGUCGUUCCAGCCGCUGCGGGGACACGGCGACAAGGAUUACAAGAAGAGAUGCAAGAGUAGUCUGUCAUCGGCGGAGAAACUGAUGUACAUAUGCAAAGACCAAUUAGGUGAUGAAGUAAACUACGAUCGAAAGAUCAUGCCCGACGGAAAGUUUGUCAUCGACGGCUUCUUAGUAGUCUUCGACGUCAGCCACGUCCAGAACCGACCCCCAAACAAACAGUACAGCUUCAUCCUAGACCUGCUCUCAGGACCCUUAUCCAAGUCCAAGAAACCCUGUGUCCUCGUCGCCACCAAAUGCGAAGAGCCUGAGGAGAAGGCCCUUGACGAAGUCCGAGCCCUCAAGGACAAGAAGAAGGUCUCUCUCGUUGAGACGUCCGCUUUUGAGAACGUUAACGUCGACUUUGCGUUCCUGACGCUCGUCAACCUAAUCGACAAGAAUAAGAAACUCCCCAAGGAGGUACCGUUUAUUAACGGGAUAAAGAAACAGAAGGAGCUCUUGGACAAAGUGGAAGAUGCGUACAUGGGUCUCCUGAAUCGGACGGUCACCGAUUAUCAUGACAUUUGGAACAGGACAAAGAAGAAGUUGGUCGGGGAGGACCACUACAUGACGUAUCUUAAGUACUUUGGCUCGGAGAUUGCGGCGAAGAAGUUUAAGAGUCACACCAAGAAGCUAAGGGAGGAUAAGCAGCAAUGGAAGAAGCAACAGUGUCUGGAGACGCUACCGAAGGCACUGGAGGACAUGCUGCCGGAUCUCAAGUCCAUCGAUGGAAGGGAUUGGGAAGCUUGUAAGGGGAUCAUGACCUCUCACCCCAACUACAAGGAGUGGUUCGUUCAGCUGCCGAGAGGAGACGCUUGGCGUACCAGUGAAUACAUCGACCAGACCGACCAUCAAAUUGCUGUCGACUUCCUGAAGACCAACGCAGUGGAUUGCGAGAAAUGCUUCAAGUACCAUGAGAAUAGACUCAAGGAAGCCCUCAAGAAAGAGAGAAUGAAGACAGAGUUCCGUAAGCUCCUGAAGGCGCUGAGCAACGUCGUACUCCCUGGCCGACCCCUCCAGGACACCCUAACCCAACUAGUGGACGAGGAGAGCUACCAGUACCUCAACCAGCAAGAGCGGAAAGAGAUCUAUGACGUCCACCAGGCCGAGAUCACUGAACAGGGCAAGAGAGACUUCGUGGAGAUGCUGCUGGAGAACGUGGAGACGUUUGAAGAUUUCGAUAUGGAUAAUGUGAAUGCGCACAUGGAGGCGAUUAUUACGCAUAAGUUGCAGAAAGAACCGAGGUAUAAGUAUUUAGACGGUUUAAACCAAGAGAGGAGACUGUUAUUGAUGAAACAUGCAGCGUUUGUGAACAAUCCCUGUCGACAGACGUGUCCCUCGCAAACCAGAUGUAUGGAUGAGCUAAUCAACCAGACACUGGAACAAAAAGUCACCAAAUGUCAAGAACGUGAGAUACCCGAGAGAUGGUCCGAGCCCAACAGUAAACUAAGCAUCGUUGUGUUGGGGGAAAAUGGCUUAGCAGAUGAACUCGUUAACGAAAUAAGGGCCCAGUCUGUGCAGGAGGAGUACACAUUAGAUAACGUCAUAUACGCCUUGGAGCUUAGGCCAAUAGAGGGCGAUCUAGCAAGACCACAGAACUACCUUAGUACACCAGACUUCACCCCACAAGGCUGUAUAUGUACAUUCAGUUCCCCUGAAGAUCUAGCCUACAUAGAAUCUAGUCUUAAAACCAGCCGCUUAGCAGUCACCGAAGAAAGUAAGAAUGAUAUCUACGCCACCUUGCAGCCGGACAUGCCCGUCAUCUUGCUCUUUGCCCGAGACUUGUCUGUCCCUGAGUCUGAUCUGGCCCAGAUGAAGCAGGACAUUAACACCCUCGCAGCUAUGCUUAUAGAUUGCGUGAUAAUUGAUAUGCCCACCGAUGAGACCACAUUGUGGCACGGGAAGAAGUUCCAUGAGUCGCAGAUCCGUCACGCCAUCCGAACGAUCGUCGACAGUCGCCGGAGCUCCUCGACUGACCGCGACGACGAUAUAUCCCACGACGGUAGCCAGUACGAUCCGGAUCUAAGGUACGGAGGUGACAAUCAGUCCCUGUAUGAGGAAAUCGUUCUGUCUAAUGAUAAAGUCCAGACUUUCAUGGGGAGCAGCGGCAACAACACCCCGACCAGCCGGGGGUCAGACGACCUGACCGCCAAAGGGGAAACCCAAAUGGGGUCGGGUCAAACCCCAAUGGUUCAGAAGGUCAUGAAAGAUCUAACAGAUUCUGAGUCUCAGUUUAAAUCCCACAGUGCGUUUUUAGCACAGCAUAAAGUACACGGCAAAUCCUCCUUGGGCACCGGCAAUGGGUCGGGUACCGAGCACCCAUCGAGCGAGGAUGAUGAUAUUGAAGGCGAUGACCCUAUAUUGAGAAUUGGAAUGGCUCUGAUGUGUGGGGAUCAAAACCUCCCAGACUUGGUGCUUGGCCCCAUCAUUAGUAACGACACAUGCUGUCGAGAUAUGGACUUGAAGCAGACGGUGAACAUUGACAUGUUCCUGAACACCGUAAAGAGGAGGGUCAGCAUAGAGAUCACAUCCUUCCACCAAGCCAACCUCUACACGCAAGACGUACAUCACGGCUACAUCUUGGUGUACUCCGCAAAGAGAAGGGCUUCCUUUGAAACACUCAAAUUCUUUGUAAAGAGUGUCACUCCUAUCCCAGUUGAGAUUGUCGCCGUUUCCGACAGUGAAAAGUUCUCGUCGGACUAUGAAAUGCAAGCAUUGAUAGCGGAAGGCAAUAAACUCGCUGAUGAAACCAAAAACUGUACGUUCAUCAUAGCUGGAGCCAACUUUUGCAACCAAUCGUUAGCUUAUUCAACCUUCUUCACCGAAGCCCAUGAGAAGAUCUUCCAGACGGAGAAGGACCAUGAUGAUCUCUUUGGGCCCUUCGGCAACCAGGAUGAAGACAUCAUGGAUGAGGAAAGACAGGGCAUCAGGACGCCCAUAGAACCCCCACCGGCUGGAUUUGAAGAAUACUCUAAGCCUAUUGUGAAAGGUGUUGCAUACAAACCAGUGAUCCCCAACUUAAGAGCAAGGGCGUUAUCUGCAGGUGAAUCUCCGUCAGUGCCUCCACCUCCUCCGUCCAGAUACGAUCACCUCGUUAGACCAAGUGACAUAAAAAGUCAACAAAAACGGCUACAAGAUAAGAAAGGAGAAGAAAAUCUCUACGACCAGCCUGAGAGAUACCCACUGAGUCCAAGACGAUUACCCCCGAAUAAAGGCGAAGCUCCUACAGAACCCGUUUACGGAACGGUUCAGAAACCGAAAACGAAACCAGAGCCGGCUAGCAGGAGAAGAAACAGUUCCCAGACGUCUGGGUCCAAGGGAGAUGGAGAAGAGGCCCUCGAUCCAGUGGUUCGCCGUCGAUCUAAGACAGAAGUCAAUCGAAGGUCACAGGAUGGCGACGGCACCUACGAUUCUUUUGAAGAAGCUGGGAAGAGCAAUCGUCGUAGUUUACAUUUCCGUUCCCGUCGGACUUCUUCUACUCGUAGCUCCGAGGCGGAAGAUGAUCAAGGCUUUGUUAACAACCCAUUGUAUAGUGCAUAUACUGGCCCAUCCAAAGGUGCAAAGCAAGGCAAUGGCUCGACACAUUAUGCUUCCACCAGACUGUACGAUGAUCAUCAAAGCGAUAUGGUGCCGAACCCCAUUUACGACUCGGUGGAACAACCUCCAGCGCCAUUCCCUGCAAACCGGUUCCACCCAAGCGGGAAACCUAUACCACCUCCGAAGCCCAAACCGUCCGCCAAGCUAAAUAUGGCUAAUUUCCAAAACGUUGCUGACAAACUUAGCAAACCACGUGAUGGGACGCCCCCUGGCGUUGGACCCGCCCGUCCAAACCACCUCCCCUUUUCCACGACGCCCAGACGCCCCAGGGCGCCUUUAGCUACCCCCGAAAAAGGGGGUUUCACGAGCCCCAAGGAGUCUUUAAAGCAUGUUCAUGGCAUGGGGGAAUGUACGGAAGCGCAGGACGCACUUUCAAAAGUGAUGAGGCAAGGACAACGGCCAAAGGUGCAUCCAGAAGACGCCAACAGUGACAAUGAGCCCUCGGAGCCCAUUUAUGCCGUUGCCAACAAAAAGAAGGGCAAUGCUGCAAGCAGCGAUAGUGAUAGCAAGGGAAGCAUAGAGGCGGACAGAGACCAUCAAAAGAAGAAACGAAACAGUUUCAGACGUAAGAAAAAUCGCGAUCAUCCAGCCCAGGCAGACGACGCCAGCCCUCAUCAUAAACCGCAUCUUGAGUCUAGAAUCUAUGACAUGCCUGGAACCUUCUCACCGGAUGAAGAUGAGGUUAAUCCCAAAGCGAGGAAGAGGCAACAAAUGGAAGAGGAGAAGAACCGGAGGAAGGAAGAAAAACGCCAAAUUGCCGCAAACAAGAAAAGAGAUAAGGCUCAGAGGCAGCAGCAGAGACAAUCCAAGAGGCAAAAGACAAAGAAGAAAGCUCCCGCCUAUGCAGGUUAUCUUGACAAGCCGAAGGGUAUCGCCCUUGAAGAACUCGUCACCGAAAGCGAUCCCCUUCCAAAGAUCGUCCAGAAAUGUAUCGAGUUUAUCGACAGGGAAGGGAUUAGCCAAGAAGGGAUCUACAGAGUGUCGGGAAAGAGCGCUGACUGUGACGCCCUCACUGAAAGGUUUGAGAAUGAUCCCAACAUCUCGAUUGAAUCCAUGGAGAUUUCUGUUCAUGCCGUGGCGUCUGCCGUGAAGCAGUUCUUCAAGCAUCUUCCUGAUCCCCUAAUACCACACGAACUGCAGGGAGAGCUACUACAAAUGUUCAAAGGUAAAAGCCAAGAAGAUUUUCUGGAAGCAAUGCCAGAAUUCUUCAACAAGCUUCCCCCGAUUAGACUCGCAAUCCUGAAGUUCCUCAUGCAGCAUUUUGGCAGGGUGAUUGUGAACAGCGAGGUCAACAAGAUGUCAGAGCAGAACCUGACGGUCUGCUGGUGGCCGACCCUCCUCCAUCCCCAGUUCAAGAGCCUGGAAGACGUCGCCAACGAGACCCAGCUGUCUGCCUUCGUGGAGCUAUGGGUCAAGCACUCUGUCAAGCUCUUCGGCACCGGUGUCGAAGAACAAGAAGCACCUGAAGAAGACUCGCCCAUUUACGACCAAUCCGAACUCAUCCAAGGAAAUCCCAGCGCAGAGGUCAAUAAGGGUUACGAUGCCCCCACUUGACCUGACCCCUGACCUUGACCCCUACACUUGACCCUUGAACUUUGUUAAAACCAGCCUGUGAUUUAAACCCAGUUUAAGAUUGACUACUAACCAGCAUAACCUUGACUCUUUGAAGUUCACGCUCGAGUGAAUAGUAAACUAAAUUUAUAUCUGCGGUUCAAUAUGGAUGACCCUUGAAAAUUGACCUUUGACCUGUUUAUAUUGAAUCGUUCCAAGAUUGAUUUAAGGGAGGGACUCGGAAAUGUUAGCGAUAAGAAAAACCUAUAGUGAUUCAAAGGAUUUUUGGAGGCUGGAACUCCUUUUCUUUAGAAUGAAGUGACUGAUUGAAUAUUCAUGAUUUUCUCAUUAAUAUUCGUGACUACUGAAUAUUCAUGAAUGGAUAUUCAUGAGAGACUGUAUAAGCCACUGACAGUCCCCCCACAGGCCAAGUUGGAUAUCUAUACUAUACAAAAACCACAUCGUUGAGAUUGGGAUUGUUAAAUCCCCCCUCCGUAUUUAAGUGGAAAACUGCCUGAUAUACAUAACUAUAAUAUUCAUCAUCCUCUGAAUAAUUUCCUGUGGAUUCUUCUUGCCAUGCUGUGGACAAAACUGCAAAUGACAGUCAAGAACAUCUCCUCCCCCCCCCCACGUUGAAUAUUUACGGAGAAGCAAGUGACAGAACAAUGUUUGGUCUUCCUAAGCUUAUUAUGAAUUUUUCGACGACAAUCUUUUGAAGCACUGACCGUAGCGGCGACAGAUUUGUGAUGAUGUAGCGCAAUGCAAUGGUGCCGAAUGGAUCGUUGCUGUAUCGAAAGGGAUUUGUUAAACAAGAAAAAUGUGUACAAAUGGAAAAGUGAGGAUGAAUUUCUCAACGAUCUGAAUGGUGCUCACUGGGAUAACUGGUUUACGUAACUGAUGGUGGCCGGUGUGCUGCAUUUUUAAGGGCAAGGUGGAUAGCACUCUAUGCGGAAAUUGUAAAUUUCAACCGGAGCAUUCUAAGGGCACCAAGUCAAUGACCAGGGGGCGAAGUAUCACGCUUGUGAUGGGUUUUGUCUUAAAGGAACACGUUGCCUUGGAUCGGACAAGUUGGUCU